UUGGUGAGGCGAGUGUUUCACGUCACAAGCAAGGAAGCGGUGUUUGAACACCAGACACAAUUGUUGUGUUUCGUUUUUUAAAACUUUACUGCUAGACAAUGGGAAAAGCUGAUUUUCUAAGCCCUAAAGCGAUCGGGAACCGAAUCAAAGCCAAAGGAUUGCAGAAACUUCGCUGGUAUUGUCAGAUGUGUCAGAAACAGUGUCGAGAUGAAAAUGGAUUUAAAUGUCACUGCAUGUCUGAGUCUCAUCAGAGACAGCUGCUGUUAGCGUCAGAGAACCCCAACCAAUUCAUGAGCCACUUCUCAGAUGAAUUCAAAACUGAUUUCCUGGAGCUUCUCAGAAGGCGUUUUGGAACCAAACGAGUCCACAAUAACAUAGUCUACAAUGAAUAUAUCAGCCAUCGGGAACAUGUCCAUAUGAACUCCACACAAUGGGAAACUCUUACUGACUUCACCAAAUGGCUUGGGAGAGAAGGUUUCUGUAAAGUGGAUGAGACUCCCAAAGGCUGGUACAUCCAGUACAUUGAUCGUGAUCCGGAAACUAUACGUAGGCAAGAAGAGCUGGAGAGGAAGAAGAAACAGGAUUUGGAUGAUGAAGAACGCAGUGCUAAGUUCAUUGAAGAACAAGUUCGCCGUGGCCGGGAAGGCAGAGAGCCUGAGGAGGAACCAGUGUUUACAGAAUUUAAGAGGGAGAAUGAAGACAAGAAAAUUACCUUGAGCUUAGAUGUUGCUUCUGCAGGACCUUCUAAAACAAGUGUGACUCUGGGUCCUAGCACCCUCAAAGUUGCUGCUUCAGCCAAAAGGAAAGAGUCCUCUCAGAGUUCAGAGUCAAAAGAAAAGAAAAAGAAAUCCGCCCUUGAUGAAAUAAUAGAGAUGGAGGAGCAGAAGAAGAAAUCUGUACGAUCAGAUCACUGGAUUCAACCAAACAUUGUAGUAAAAGUGAUAACAAAAAGACUGGGGGAGAAGUAUUACAAAAAGAAAGCAAUGAUUCGGGAGGUACAGAAUAAAUACACAGCCUUGGUGAAGAUGCUAGACUCCGGAGACAAACUCAAACUGGACCAAAGUCAUGUGGAGACGGUUAUUCCAGCUCCUGGUAAGCGAGUUUUGAUCCUAAAUGGUCAAUAUAAAGAUACAGAGGCCAUCCUGGACGGCAUUAAUGAGCACAAAUUCUCCGCCACCCUCACAUUAGACUCUGGUCGUUUGAAAGGAAAGACGGUGGAGGGGAUUCCAUACGAGGACUUCUCCAAACUAGCCUGAUUAAACAUCUUUCCAGAGCGACUCUACUGUGUCAGAGCCUAAUCUAGAUGCUUUACAUUUUGCAUGUACAUAAUAAAGACUCAUACACAAUCAUCUAAUAUACAUACUGGAACAAAUUGUGCAAUCAAUUUAUUGUGCUCAUAUUUGUUACCUUUUGAUGUCAUUGAAAA